AUGACUAAAGAGGUAGAACAUGGUCUCUCGCCCUACCAAUGUGAGCUACUAAACCUCUGUUUGGACACCAUCCGGGCGUAUUUCCAUGCUGGUGGGCGUGGUCUCAAGCGUGGCUUCUUGGAGCGUAGUCCAGAAUUACAUCAACUACGACAGGCGCUUCUGCUCUACUCCCAAAUGACUGACGAGCUUCUACGAGAUUUUGUUGCCACUCAAACUGCUCAAGGUAGGCAAUAG